GCGCAGCACAUUGCAAGAGCCCAACGUGACGCGCAAGGAGCCGGGACACACAUGGCUAUCAAAUGGAUUACUCUGACAUACAGUUUUGAAAUACACCCCAGCGAGGACAAUACAGUCAGCAGACACACAAAGGACCUGCACAGACCUUGCAGAACUUCUUUGUCACACUGAGCAAAAGAGGGAAACAAAAGCUGCCUGGCUUUGAUGAAGACUCACUGAUUUUUAUGUAUUUAUUUAUUUAUUUCCCCCCACUAAUUCAUUCAGGAGCCAGCUGAUGUGACACUGAGCGGACGGACUUGGGUUGACAGCGCUGAAGAUGUGAAUAUUUGGGGUUAAAAAAAACAAAAACAAAACCUCGACAGCUUCUUGUCAAACAGCUGCGCCUCUGAAGUGGAUCAUACGUGAUCCCACAGUCGAGAGCAAAACACACCAAGAGACAAGGACACGCGUGAGAAAGCUUACCAUGCACUGAAAACAAGGAAUGGAAAGCAUCAGUGUGGAAACAGACUGGGAUGGGUUAGCCCUCUCCUCUCUGGUUACCACAGGAAGGAACAACUUCUCUUCCUCGUCCUUGUUUGUCUCUGAACUGAACUCAUUCAACACGUCUCACAGCGGGGGAUCCUUCUUCGGGAUCUUCCCUGAGAAUGGCUCCAACAUCACACCACACACCUUGCCCCAGCCCAGGGUCAGGGACGUGGGCCUGGCCAGGGCAGAGAUCGCAGUGCUUGGGGUGGUGCUGGCUCUUACCACCCUGGGGAACGGUUUUGUGCUGUGGGUGCUGCUGAGGAGGAGGAAACACAAUGCGCCCAUGCAUGUGUUCAUGGUUAACCUGUGUGUGGCUGACCUGGUGGUGGCCCUCUUUCAGGUUCUUCCCCAGCUAAUAUGGGAUAUCACAGAGAGGUUUCAGGGGCCUGACUUGCUUUGCCGGUCCAUCAAGUACUUGCAGAUUGUGGGCAUGUUUGCUUCCUCCUACAUGAUAGUUGCCAUGACAGUGGACCGGCACCACGCCAUCUGCUGCCCGUUGCAGGCUUACCGUGGGGGAGCAGUGUCCCGCUGGAACACCCCUGUCAUGGUGGCCUGGGGCCUGGCACUAGUCCUCAGCAUACCACAGGUUUUCAUCUUCUCUCGCUCAGAAGUGGCUCCUGGAGAGUUCGAGUGCUGGGGUCACUUUGCUGAGCCAUGGGGGCUGAAGGCCUACGUCACCUGGAUGACUGUGGCUGUUUUCCUCCUGCCCGCCCUCAUCAUUACCAUCUGUCAGAUAAGGAUCUUCAGAGAGAUUCACAAUAACAUCUACCUGAAGUCAGAGAGGAUGGUGAUGGCUGAGCUGAAGAAGAAUGAAAUCCUCUUCCGCUUCCACAGCUUUAAGAAGGAGGAUGAGCGGGCCAGGGAGAGGGGGAGACAGGCGUCCGGUGGAGGUGGGGGCAGGGAUGGGAGAGGAGUUCAGCUCUUAAAGGGUGUGAAUAACAGCCCUCACAAUAACGUACACAACAGCCAAGUGGGAGAGUGUUACGACUAUGUACCAUCCGCUAUUCAAUAUAACAGUUGCCGUGGUGAACAAGCAACAACAACAGCAUCGCCAACCCAGCAGCAAACACAGAGCAGCUCAGAUUGCCAGGAGUCCUUCAUGUCCUACGAGCUGACUACAGGUUCACCCCGCUGCUCCCUUGACUAUGUUCCCCCUCAACCCCCAGCCACUCCACCUCCAAGCAUCACUAAAGCCAUGUCCAAGACAGUGAGAAUGACUCUGGUCAUCGUGCUGGUCUACACCAUCUGCUGGUCACCAUUCUUCAUUGUCCAGCUGUGGGCAGCCUGGGACCCCAACCCUCCAGACCAAGGAGUGGCCUUCACUAUCCUGAUGCUGCUGGCCAGUCUGAAUUCGUGCACCAACCCGUGGAUCUACACAGCUUUCUCCAGCAGCGUGUCCAGAGAGCUGCAGAACCUGCUGCACUGUUGGUCGCGACCUGGCCGCCGGGGCUCCCUGCCCGACGACUCCACCACCACGCACACCUCCACCACCAAGGACAACCUGUACUGACAGAGACUGAUGAGACAGAAACAGACACACAGAGACAUGUUUGAAAAGACAUGCAUGGGUGCACAUGUGCCUCUUGCAAGGACGUGCUGUUGCACUCAACUCCGUCACCACCAACACCACCUCCAGCAUCGUAGCCUGAGAACAGAGAGCGCUGACCUCUAGCAGAUGUUUCCAACAACAAAGGACAGAUGUACUGUCAACAGGACCUCUAUCUGUAAUCACCUGUCCUCUCCUCCCAGCAGUGAGGAAGGGUGUCAUUGAAGAUGUCAACACCAUUUUAUGAGGGCACUGUGGAAUAUACAGUGGCAGUUAGUGACAGCAUCUGCAGUACAAAAUGGCCUUGAAAGUAAAGAGACUUUAACCUCUUUAGCUGCUGAGUAGAAGCCUGUGCAUUGAUUCAUACGAGAAAAACACUUGUCCUGCUCAGACAGAGCAGAGCAGCAGGAAUGCAAGGGGUGGAUCACUGCAUUAAUGGCCUUACGACACGCCUAAUGUACAAAGCAGCAGACAAAGCUAUGGGUGUAGAAAAAAACAAGGCAGCAGGCUAAGGGAAAGAGAGAGGGAGACUUACAAAUGCAGACAGCAAGAGAGAGCAAGACUGCUGAAUAGACAUGGGAUGACAUGGAUGUUACAGCUGCAGGAGUGGCCCUGAGAAGGCUGUAGUUGAAAUCUAAUAAUGUGAACAAACUUUGUUAAAUCAAAGAAAGUGGAUUAGGGGACGGAUGCUUGAGGCUGAAUUCAUAUUUGCUUAGGAGGAAUCGGGUUCCGAGGAACAAUGGUGAUUUGUUAGCAAGACGGAUGGAGAUUCACUCACGAGGACGGCGUGGCAGAGUCAAGACACUGCCCCACAAGGAACUGGAGCACUGUGGACUAAUGCAGACAUAAACACACACACACACACACACACACACACACACAUACUCACAGACAAGCAGAAGUUGAGGGCCAGGCCCCUGGACAAUCCAGGUUUCCACAACUUACUGGGACACAAUUAUGUGAUUGUAUUUUGUACAAACACAGCACACGAGGUACACAAAAUUACCUUCCUGUCGUGCUGUCCUGAAAGUAUGAAACAAGAACAUGAACAUUAUGCAGAAGACACAGGAAGGAAACAACUAAGACACAUUCAACAGCAUUCCGGUGUACAGUGAACAAUGUACAGUGUAUUUAUUGAAAAUGUGAGGCACAUUAGAUAUUAUUACACUUUGCAUAAGAUAAAUAUUGAAUGUAAAUCACACAAUUGUAACGGUCCGACAGUAGAAUACACAGAGCUGUCAAACCAAAGAUUUUUUUUUUAAAGCUGGGCUGUAGAAUCAUUUCAGGUCUUUAUAGUUGAGAUAUUACAAAGCUUCAACAAGUAGGAUGUAUCAAGUGCAGAGAGGAACUACUGCACCUCAUUUAGACUGCGUGUCAGUUUAAGAAAAACUUCACAUCAGCAGUGAAAAUACUCCCAGUCGAAAACCAAGUGCCUGUAACAUCAGUAGACAUUUUUUAGAGGGGCCUCCCUCACUGGAUUAAUCUUCGAAUGAUGUCAGCCGUGUUAUUCUUUGACAGAGUUACCACCAGAGCAGGGAUCACUGAAUAUGUUAUGUGACACCAUGAGCCAUGUGUUCUUUUAUCUUUUUAUUUAUUGUUGCAUAAAUGAAAAAAAAAUAUCUCUCUAUAUAUAUUUCAAUUCCUGUUACUGCCUUAUGUUCAUGUACAGUUUUUAUAUCACAUUUUUUUUCCCUUAAAGAAUAAUGUAUUAUGCCCCUCAGCUGCAUGACAGAUAAAACAGUAAAGUUAUUACAUUUUUUUUUAUAAAACCAUGAUUAUAUAAGCCACUGUACAUACAGUAGAUGUAAUAACUAUUUGUGUAUAUAAAAUGAGAUUAGAA